AUGUCCAAGCCCAGCAAGUACCUUCUCCUGUCACUUCCGACAUCCAUCGUCCCCUCGCACCACCGCGACGACGCCCUCGACGCCGUCUCCGCCACUGUCUCUCCAGACAAUGGCUCCGCCGCCUCGUUCCCGAUCCCCGAGUUCAAGAUCGGCACGCUAGAUGCCCUCGUACAGCAGGCUGAUGAGCUAGCCAAGCUGGAGAGUGGCUGCCAAGGUGUUGUGGCGAAGGUGGGGGACGCGCUGAAGAAUAUCCUUGCUGGGGAUGAGGAUCAGAUUGAGAAGAUGAAGGUUGUGAACGACAAGCCCGUGGAUCAAUACCUGCGCACGUUCCAGUGGAAUAAAGUCAAGUAUCGGGCGGAUAAGCCGCUGGCGGAGCUGAUUGAUCUCCUGCAGAAGGAGGCUGCCAGUAUCGACAACGAUCUUCGAUCCAAGUACUCCCAAUAUAACCAGGUUAAGAACAAUCUGGCCACGCUGCAGCGGAAACAGACAGGAAACCUGUCAACAAAGUCCCUCGCUUCAGUGGUCGACCCUCGCUCUGUCAUCCAGGACUCCGAAUACCUCGAGACGCACCUCGUUGCCGUGCCGGCCCAACAAAUCAAGGAGUUCCUCAAGUCCUACGAAACCGUGGCCCCCAUGGUCGUGCCACGGUCCGCCCAAUUGGUUGCUUCGGACAGCGAGUUUACUCUAUACUCCGUGACGACGUUCAAGAAACACAGCGUCGAGUUCGUGCACAAGGCUCGUGAACACAAAUGGAUCCCGCGUGAUUUUAAGUAUGUGGAAGGCGGGAAGGAGGAGGAGCGCAAGGAGGUAGAGCGUGUGGGCGGCGAUGAGCGGAAGCUUUGGGGCGAGACGUUGCGCCUUGGACGUACCGCGUGGAGUGAAGCGGUCAUGGUCUGGAUGCAUGUGCUUGUGCUCCGGGUGUUUGUGGAGACGGUGCUGAGAUACGGAUUGCCAUUGGACUUUGUGUGUGCUUUGAUCAGGACCCCCUCCUCCAAGCAGGCGGACCGUGCGAAGCGUAACUUGGAAGACAAGUACUCGUAUUUGGCCGGCAAUGCUUUUGGGCGGGACAAGAAGGGCCGUGUCAAGCGAGAUGAUCCCAGCGAGAUGCAUGCCGCAGGCGAGGGCGGCGGCGCAGACUAUACGGCAUAUGUGUUUUACGAGUUCGAGUUCAAUUAG